CCCCCGCCGCAGCUCCCCCCGCCCACCGCGCCGGGCGCGCCCCUGUGACCUCACUUCCGGCGCAGCGCGGCCGGCCCGGAAGCGCGGCGGCCCCGGCCAGGCCGGAGACCCGUCAUGGCGGACGACGGCGGCGAGGAGAAGAAGCAGGUGGCCAAGUUCGAGCUGGAGCGGGAGACGGAGCUGCGGUUCGAGGUGGAGGCCUCGCAGACGGUGCAGCUGGAGCUGCUCACCGGCAUGGCCGAGGUCUUCGGCACCGAGCUCACCCGCAACAAGAAGUUCACCUUCGAUGCCGGCGCCAAGGUGGCCGUCUUCACCUGGCACGGCUGCACCGUCCAGCUCAGCGGCCGCACCGAGGUAGCCUACAUCUCCAAGGACACCCCCAUGCUGCUCUACCUCAACACCCACACGGCCCUGGAGCAGAUGCGGCGGCAGGCGGAGCGGGAGGACGAGCGGGGGCCCCGUGUCAUGGUGGUGGGACCCACUGACGUGGGGAAGUCGACCGUCUGCCGCCUGCUACUGAACUACGCAGUGCGGCUGGGGCGACGGCCCACCUUCGUGGAGCUAGACGUGGGGCAGGGCUCCGUCUCCAUCCCCGGCACCAUGGGCGCGCUCUAUAUCGAGCGGCCGGCCGACGUGGAGGAGGGCUUCUCCCUCCAGGCCCCGCUCGUCUACCACUUUGGCUCCACCACGCCUGGCACCAACAUCAAGCUCUACAACAAGAUCACGUCCCGCCUGGCCGACGUCUUCAACCAGCGCUGCGAGGUGAACCGCCGCGCCUCCGUCAGCGGCUGCGUCAUCAACACCUGCGGGUGGGUGAAGGGCUCGGGCUACCAGGCGCUGGUGCACGCCGCCUCCGCCUUCGAGGUGGACGUGGUGGUGGUGCUGGACCAGGAGCGGCUCUACAACGAGCUGAAGAGGGACUUGCCCCACUUCGUGCGCACCGUCCUGCUGCCCAAGUCCGGCGGGGUGGUGGAGCGCUCCAAGGACUUCCGCCGGGAGUGCCGGGACGACCGCAUCCGCGAGUACUUCUAUGGCUUCCGGGGCUGCUUCUACCCGCACGCCUUCGAUGUCAAGUUCUCCGACGUCAAGAUCUACAAGGUGGGGGCUCCCACCAUCCCGGACUCCUGCCUGCCGCUGGGCAUGUCGCAGGAGGACAACCAGCUGAAGCUGGUGCCGGUGACGCCGGGGCGGGACAUGGUGCACCACCUGCUGAGCGUCAGCACGGCCGACAGCCCCGACGACAACAUCUCGGAGACAAGCGUGGCCGGGUUCAUCGUCGUCACCGGCGUCGACCUGGAGCGGCAGGUCUUCACCGUGCUGUCCCCCGCCCCGCGGCCGCUGCCCAAGAGCUUCCUCCUCAUCAUGGACAUUCGCUUCAUGGACCUCAAGUAG